GCCUGGUUUCGCUGAGCAGCUGCUGCUGGAGAUGUUUGGAGAUUACAUCAGCAUUGGAAAAAAGGGGCAAAAAAAAAAAAAAAAAGGUCCAACUUCACAGAGACGGAGUUUAUGGAGUUUUUUCCCCCUUCCAAAGGUCUUCUGACAAUACUGUCAUUGUCAAUAUAAGAGUUGUUAAUUCUUUAUGAAUAGCACAUGGGGCCUCUUGACUAAAUAGUACGUUACAUGUCCCAAAUCUGUCAGCUGGACUCUUCUCUCACAUGCUAGUGAGAUCACUUUGAUUGGAAUGUUACAGGAAUUGCUGGGCUGGCCACGCAGAACUGAAUACUGCAUUAUAUAAUUAGAUCUCCCAGAGUAUUUUUUUUGCAUUACCUCAUUAUUCUAGCUUAAAUAUGGAAUCAGUCCUUUUGAUGAUUUUACUGGUUGUAAUUAUAUUAAUACGAUUCAUUUUGUGGUCCUGUCUUAGUGCUUAUAUAGAUUAUAAACUGUCCCGAAGGUUUCCUGACACAAGAAAAGAGGACUAAGAAACUUCAAAAGGCUCGUUCAGAUUUGAAUUGACAAUGGUGAGAACUGGAUAAGGUAAAUGGAGCUAGAGCAGGUUUUACCUUGGGAUUUGAUGAGAGAGAAAUGACCUGUUGAGACUGCAACUGAGUGAAGAUUCUUCAGAAAGCCUCAUGAUGACAGAGGGGAAAAAAAGAAAACUGAUUGAGUCAGAUGACUUCCUAUCAAACUCGGGCAUGAAUGUAUUGUUGGGAACAGACAUGUGGACUUUUGCCAAUUAAAUGAUCUGGACAAGCUGGAAGGAAUUCUAUUGCUGGUCAGUCCAAGUCUGCCAGCGGCCCAGUCUUGAUACGUGAAAUGUGAUGGCGUGCUGCCUGCUGGACUAACUGCUGGUCUGUACGUUAAGAUGUCAGCUGCACAGCCUGCCUGGAUGCAACAACUGACAGCGCCUGAAUGAAGCUGAAGAUUACUGGCCAAGCUCGGUGUCCACGUGCCAUGCUGUGGACUUGCAGGAGUGGAUUUUUACCUCAUUGGCUGAUUUGUUACCAAAUUCCUCGUGGUUCUUCCUGGUCAGUUGGAUCAGGAACUGACUGAAUGUUUUUAACUGACCAUAACCUGCUGAAUAUUCACAUUUCUUAGCAAGCCUUAUAUCUGAGUACCAGAAUAAGCUGGAAUAGUCUGUUCCAUGAAAAACAGAUCUGUGCCGCAGAGAUUGUCUGACAGACUCUAGCUGUGCUUCAGCAGCAAUGAGGGGUGGGGGCAUAUGACAGCACGGCAUGCAGUGAGUUUUGACUCCAAAGCCCUGCAAGGUACCUUCGUUUCUAGCCUUUAAUAAGGAGCUUACUAGGACACCAAAGGAUUUGACUACUUGCUACUACACAAUCCUUAGUGACUUUAAGAUUUUUUGGUUAACUCGUCUUGCAAAAUGAAAUAAGUUAUUCGAAGUGAAGUGUCUGCUUUCAAAUGGACAUUAUACUAAGUCAAACAUCCAAAAAUCUUACUGCCUAUACAACUCAAUUUAACAUCUGCCUUUAAAAACUGAAUUUUUCUACAGUAUAAGUAGGAAAAUUGUAAUCCCUCGCCUGGGAAAUGCAGUGUCCUUGGCCCAGUCACCUUUUAAAAAAAGAAAAAAAAGGUCCUUUUUGCAUUGAUAACUUUCUGCGUUGUGUAAAAGUGAAGGUUGCCACUUUAUAAACUGGCUUCUAUAUCUCUUGGUAGCUCACAUGAUGAUAUCAGAGUUCAGCCUAGGCAGAAACCUACAGCAUUCCCAUAAAGAGUUUCUGGCCCAUUCAUGACUCUCACACUCCUACGGGCUUGUCUCUGUAGUAACUGUUAAUCAGCCUUUAUCACUUUGUCUUUUGAAGCCUCCUAAAAUUCAGACAUGAGGGCUGGUAUGUUUAUGCUGUGGAACAGGGUAAAUGUCAGGUCAAUUGAUUUCAGCCUCAGAUUUUAUUUAUGGUGGAUGACCAAUCUACAAAACAGCCUGCAAUGCCUGAAGAUGCACGUCAUUGACUUGCAAUCUACCCAGAUGACAAUAAAUUAAAUGUAGAUGUAACUAAGCCCCUUGUCCAUUUCUGUGGUUCUUAAUUUUAAUGAUGAUUCAGUCCUUUUUUUUUGUCUCCCAACACCAGCAGAACACAAAGGGAAAGUGUAAUGUUGUCUACUUGAUGUGCAGACAUACCUCUAAUAGCAAGUAAUGGAAAAAUAGGCACAGUGAUCCAUUUUUCUUCUUUCAGUUAAUCAUCGCUACUCUUAGCUGUUGUAUGCAAAACAAAGCUUGUAGAUAAAUUGAUAGUGCCUUUAAGAAACAAGUCUUUUAAUCCUUUAUUGUAUUUUCAUAUUGUAUUUGACAGUGUCAUAUUCAUAUUAAUUGUGUAAAAAUGUGGAUGUAAUGAGAAAUGGUACAGGUGAAG